AUGAUAAAAAACUCUCGACAACAUGAAUCGAAUCCACCGCCGAAGCCAGCUAGCAUCAUUCAUGUAAAAGUUGGUCCAGUAAAACAUAAUAGCAAUUCAGAUCCAAGUCUGAUCAAUCAUCAACAACGUUCAUCUUUCCCGCCAUAUCCUACAAACCGUGUGAUCGUUAAGCUGAAUAUCAGAAAAUGGAACAACGAUAAAUGGUCACUUCCUUCAAGACGACGACAACAACAACAACAGCAGCAGAAAGGUUUUAUCACAACAAAAACUGGUGAAGUAAUAACGCUUAUUUUAGGUAGCAACCUUGAAAUACCUCUUUCAACGAUCAAAACAUUACCAAUCGUGUUUAAAAACGCUGACUAUCCGAAUCAUAGCACUGCCAAGACAAUCCUGCCUCGUAAUCAAAAUAAUAGUACUAUCAUGGGUAGUUGUAUUACCGAAUCGAAUUUCGGGUCUGGUUAUGACGGAAUUCUUCGAAAUAAUGGAACGAAAGUAAAAUAUGGUAACGGUCUGUUUCAACGCUCACGAAUUUGCAUAGUAUGCACUACAGUUUUUGCUUUUCUUCUUGUUGGGACCUCUCUGUCAGUCAUCAUUGUUUCUCUUCUGAUCAAUUCAAAAGCGUCCAAUACAUCAAGCACAAUCAGUAGUACAGCUUCAUCAAAUACAACAAUCGCUGCCAUGACAACUGCAACAGCAUCAUCAGGAACUACGAGCUGCUCUAUAUCAACAGAUGGAGUUGUAAAUAGCACUUUAAUCGCCUGGAAUGCAUCUACAAGUUGGAUGUCGAUAGAACGUAACUUCACUGCAUCAUCAGCAAAUUCUACGCUUAUAGUCGUUAUUUCGGCUACUAAUAUGACCGGAUGGCUUCUGGAUGAUUUUUCAGCUGAAGACUCUGGUGGUAAUGAGCUCCUAAAUAAUGGCAAUUUUGAAAAUGGUACGGUGACUAAUGGCUGGUUGUCUACCCGUUGCACAGGAGCUAAUUGUGGAGCUAUUACAAGCUCGGGAUGUAAUGGUGGCUCCACUGAAUGUUUUCAGGUGACCUGCAACACAAGUCAUGCUCUUCAGCAAACGUUUCCUACUACUCCUGGCAAUAUGUAUAUUUUUUCAUUCGCAGUGGAGGUUCUAGGAUCAACUUCUAGUAGUAUAUCAAUAUCGUACAGCAUUACAUAA